GUUUUUCGUCAUUCAAAAAUUUUUUGUCGCGGUUAGUACUAGUUCGGGUUUUUCCGUAAACGCUGUGGCAAAUCUUUUUUUAUUUUUUUAAUGUUUUGUGUAUUCUGCUAAAUCCCGGCGUGAUAUAGCAAUGGAACUUUACUCAGAAAUCACCGGAGAUUUUCGACUUCCAUCAGAAACCGCCCAAGUAAAUUCGAGGCACAGCAUGGAUGCAUACAUGAGAGCAACCGAAAAACCUUUCAGUAUGAAAAUAAAGAUCAGUCGGGAGCAAAAAGAUGAUCUUCUCGAAGCAUUCAAUCUCUUCGACCUAGACGGUGAUGGAAAGGUGACUAACAGCGAGCUUCGUGUAGCAAUUCGUGCUUUAGGAUUCGAGGUCAAACCAGAAGAUAUCAAAAAACUGAAAGAAAGUGCAAAAGUUUGCGUGGGAAUCGAUUCUCUCUCCUAUAAAAAUUUUCUCGAUUUAAUGGAGGCUAAGAUGCUUCAACCGGACGAAACAGAGGAAAUUAUCAAGUACUUCAAUUUAAUAGAUACAGAUGGAAAAGGAAGAAUUGACUUCAAUAAAUUGAAAGGAGUUGCUACUGCAUUAGGGGAAGAUGUAUCUGACGAGGUAUUACAAGAGAUGCUUUUUGAAGCAGGUCCUGAUGUUGUCACUUUGGACGGAUUGAUAAGAUUCAUCAGGUCUAGUACGAUUCAGUUGCAGGAACUGUACAAUAGAAAAUGAAUAAACGAAUUUAAAAAUG